GAAAUGAUAAUUGUGUCAGUUCGUAUCAUUGUCAUAUGUUCAGUAUAAAGAGGAUUAUGUGAGAAUGAGCUGUGCUUAUAAUUCUCGUGUUGUGUUGAAUUAGCAUAAAAAAGUUAUUAUUUAAUGAAAGUGUAUGUACAUUACAUUGCGUAAAGGCUCUCAUUGAAAUGAGGCAGAAAGUGUUUAUCUAUUUAAUAGUAGCAGUUUUACUACCUGCUGUCGCAGUGGAGGCUCAGUCCUAUGAAGAUGUAAGAUGCAAAUGUGUGUGUCCAAAUCCUUCUGUAGUAAAUGGAACACAAUCUAAUCGGAAACUCUACAUUGGAAAUGUACCUCCCAAUAAGUGUAACUGUGACACUGUAAUUCUUCCAAGAGUAGGGGAUGAUAUAAAAGGAAAAGAGCAAGAGUUCUGCCCCAGAUGUGAAUGUAAAUAUGAAAGCAGAAACACAACAAUCAUAAAGGUUGUUGUUAUCAUUGUAAUCUGGAUUAUCUCUCUGUUGGUGAUCUAUAUGCUCUUCCUCAUCUGUUUGGAUCCAUUGUUGAAUAAAAGAGUGAAAGGUAACUACCAGGAACACACCAAUGAAGAGGAUGAAACUAGCACAAGUGCUGGAGGAGUAUCGUCUCAUGCAAUGGGUGUCAGAGGAAAUGUUCUGAACAGGGUUGGUCAUCAACAGGACAAGUGGAAGAGACAAGUGCAGGAGCAGCGGCGUAACAUCUAUGACAGGCAUGCUAUGCUCAACUGAAGUAACAGGCCCUUCUUUUUUAAUAUGCGCUGCAUUGUUUUUGUCAGUGCUGGCUCAGUUAUGUCACCAAAUGUCUGAGUCUAUGAUGCGAAGUAGUUUGUGUAUUAAAUUUACUACAUGCUAUUUUCAUCUGUAAUUGUAAACAAUGGUAUGACUUAUUAUAUAUUCAGAAAAUAAUUGUAAACUCAGAAACCCUGUUCUAUAGCUUAAAGUUAUUCUUGAAAUAGUUGACAAAUCCAUUUUGUAACAUACUAAUGAGACAAUGUUGUUUGCAGUCUUGUAAUUUUGUAUUUAUUUAGUGUACACAACUGAACAACUUUAUGGCAGAACUGAACACCAAGCAGUUGACAAUGGCUAAAAAACAGUGUAAUCCCAUUCUAAAAUUUAUUUCCUGUUGUAAUUGAUUCUUUCCAAUCCACAAAUAAUAUAUUGUGUUCUUUGAUUAAUUUUAUUCAAUUUCAAUGCUUGUAACUGCAUGAAUCCAAACCCUGGUUUCAUGUGUGUUGCCAACUUCUACACAAUACACCAGAGUUCCAGUCCUUAUGCUUGUCUAUCCUUUCGGUAAAAUAAGUGGUCCUCACUACUUUCAUCUGUGUACUAUUUGAACAGUUUCUUCUGCCAUUAUCAAAGCUGUAUUAGUAUAUAGUAGUAUGAGUAAGACUGGGUGUAUGUACAGGUAUAGUGUAUGUCUGUAAGAUACAACAGGUUUCAAAUAUAGAUUUUUAAGUUGAA